CCUCCCGCCGCGGAUCCGCCAGACAGCGAGGCCCCCGGCCGGGGGGAGGGGGGACGCCCCCUCCCGGGCACACCCCCGGCUCUGAGCCGCCCGCGGGGCCGCCUCGGCCCGAAGCGGAGGAAGGAGCCGCCGAGGAGCAGCCCGAGGCCCCAGAGUCUGAGACGAGCCGCCGCCGCCCCCGCCGCCGCCGCCACUGCGGGGAGGAGGAGCGGGAGGAGGGACGAGCUGGUUGGGAGAAGAGGAAAAAAAAGUUUUGAGACUUUUCCGCUGCCGCUGGGAGCCGGAGGCGAGGGGACCGCUUGGCGCGGCGCUGCCCCCGAGGAGUCAGGAUUUGGGGACUCCGGACCCUCCUCCCGCCUCGGACGCUUGCUCCCUCUCUGCCCCCCACUCGGCGCCCCCCAGGCGCCCCAUUCCGGACCAGCCCUCAGGAGCCACAAACCCGGACUCACGCGAAGACUUUUAUCUCCCCCAGACCUCGGGCGCACCUCCCUGCACGCCGCCCUCUAUCCGCAGCCUCUCUCCUGAGCCCCGGAGCACCCAAGGACGCUUCUCCCCCGGGAGACGGGAUCUCUCUCAGAACUUCCUCAGCUUCCCAAUUCAAGGCCACCCACCCUCUGGUUUCAGAUCUUGCCCAUCUCGGUUUUUCCCGUGGGAUACCGAGACAUCCCCCUGUCAGAGCCUCCCUUCCACCUCUGCUCCCUUCUCUCCCCAGACCCUCCUACCUCCCCCUGGGAGACCCCCAGCCCCUGCAGGGGCGGGGCCUCCCCCCAACCCCAUCCCGGUUCGCGCCCUCGGCAGUGCCGGGGGGCGCCGCCUCCCCCAUGCCGCCCUCCGGGCUGCGGCUGCUGCCGCUACUGCUGCCUUUGCUACGGCUGCUAGUGCUGACGCCGGGCCGGCCGGCCGCGGGGCUGUCCACCUGCAAGACCAUCGACAUGGAGCUGGUGAAGCGGAAGCGCAUCGAGGCCAUCCGCGGCCAGAUCCUGUCCAAACUGCGGCUCGCCAGCCCCCCGAGCCAGGGGGAGGUGCCGCCCGGCCCGCUGCCAGAGGCCGUGCUCGCCCUCUACAACAGUACCCGCGACCGAGUGGCCGGGGAGAGCGCUGAGCCGGAGCCGGAGCCCGAGGCGGACUACUACGCCAAGGAGGUCACCCGCGUGCUAAUGGUGGAAAGCCACAACAAAAUCUAUGAGAAACUCAGUCAUGGCUCACACAGCAUAUAUAUGCUCUUCAACACGUCGGAGCUUCGAGAAGCAGUGCCUGAACCCGUUUUGCUUUCCCGGGCAGAGCUACGCCUGCUGAGGCAAAGUUUAAAAGUGGAGCAGCACGUGGAGCUGUACCAGAAAUACAGCAAUGAUUCCUGGCGCUACCUCAGCGACCGACUGCUGGCCCCCAGCGAGUCGUCGGAGUGGCUGUCCUUCGAUGUCACUGGAGUUGUGCGGCAGUGGCUGAGCCACGGAGGGGAAAUAGAGGGCUUUCGCCUCAGCACCCACUGCUCCUGUGACGACAAAGACAGCAAACUCCAAGUGGAAAUCAAAGGGCUCAAUAACAACCAGCGCAGGGGUGACCUGGCAGCCAUUCACGGCAUGAACCGGCCCUUCCUGCUCCUCAUGGCCACCCCGCUGGAGAGGGCCCAGCACCUGCACAGCUCCCGGCACCGGCGGGCCCUGGACACCAGCUACUGCUUCAGCUCCACGGAGAAGAACUGCUGCGUGCGGCAGCUGUACAUCGACUUCCGCAAGGACCUGGGCUGGAAGUGGAUCCAUGAGCCCAAGGGCUACCACGCCAACUUCUGCCUGGGGCCCUGCCCUUUCAUCUGGAGCCUCGACACCCAGUACAGCAAGGUCCUGGCCCUGUACAACCAGUACAACCCGGGUGCGUCGGCGGCACCGUGCUGCGUGCCGCAGGCGCUGGAGCCGCUGCCCAUCGUGUACUACGUGGGCCGCAAGCCCAAGGUGGAGCAGCUGUCCAACAUGAUCGUGCGAUCCUGCAAGUGCAGCUGAGGCCCCGCCCCCGCCCCGCCCGGCAGGCCCGGCCCCGCCCCCGCUGCGCCCGGGGGCUGUAUUUAAGGACACCCGCGCCCCAAGCCCACGCGGGGGCCCAUUAAAGGUGGAGAGAGGAC